AUGAGAUCAGUUAUGCCAGACCUGAUUGGAGAGAUUCAGAGUGCAUUUGUUAAGGGUCAGAAAAUACAUGAUGGGACCCUUAUUAUAAGUGAGGCUGUACAUUGGCUUAAAAUGAGGAAAAAGGAAGCGGCUAUAAUCAAGCUGGAUUUCCAAAAGGCAUAUGAUAGGGUCAAGUGGAGCUUUGUGGACAUUGUUCUGCAGAAGAUGGAUUUGGGGCGCAGGUGGAGAAUGAUUGAAGUGGCAGCUAGAAGUGGCCGGAUAUCCCCAUUAUUUAUUGGGAUAGACAAUAUAGAAUUGUCACAUCUCCAGUUUGCUGAUGACACUAUGUUGUUCUGUCCACCAGAGGAGAAGACUAUUAAGAAUUACAAAAGGCUUCUAUGUUGCUUUGAGUUGAUGUCAAGUUUAAGUAUCAAUUUUGACAAAUCCAAUUUGAUCCCAAUCAAAUGCGAACAACAGUGA